UCUCGCUGUAUACGGACCCUCGUUCUCGCAUUCUCGCGAGCAGAACGUCGGACACCGGCCGCCCCUUUCGCCACCUCCAUGAGAAAGCCCCACAAGCUUCUGCCCAACUACCUUCUCCUCUACCGACACACCAGACCCUGCACCUCAACCGCGGCCAACCCCGUCCCGGCCGCCUCCGCCGUCCUCCGUGACCUCGAUCUCCUGGACGCUGGCGAGCUCGCCCCGACCCCGCGCGUUUACCACUCGUUCAUAACCGCCUGUACGCAAUCCAAGAACCUCGAGGAUGCCAGGAAGAUCCACGCGCACCUGGCCAGCUCCCGGUUCGCCGGCGACGCCUUCCUCGACAACUCGCUCAUCCACCUCUACUGCAAGUGCGGCAGCGUGCUGGAAGCGCGGAAGGUGUUCGACGGAAUGCGGAGGAAAGACAUGGUCUCCUGGACCUCGCUCAUUGCCGGGUACGCGCAGAACGACAUGCCGGCGGUGGCCAUCAGGCUGCUCCCUGGCAUGCUGAAGGGGCGCUUCAGGCCGAACGGGUUCACGUUCGCCAGCCUCCUCAAGGCUGCCGGCGCUUAUGCUGACAGUGGCAUCGGGAGGCAGAUCCAUGCUCUUGCUGUGAAGUGUGACUGGCAUGAGGACGUCUAUGUUGGGAGCGCGCUCCUCGACAUGUAUGCGCGGUGUGGGAAGAUGGACAUGGCCACCGCAGUGUUUGACAAACUUGACUCGAAGAAUGGGGUUUCUUGGAACGCAUUGAUCUCCGGGUUUGCGAGGAAGGGUGAUGGAGAGACUGCUCUGAUGACCUUUGCGGAGAUGCUGAGAAAUGGGUUUGAAGCGACACAUUUUACAUACUCCAGUGUCUUCAGUUCUAUCGCUCGUUUAGGUGCUCUUGAGCAGGGGAAGUGGGUGCAUGCACAUGUGAUUAAAUCUCGGCAGAAACUGACUGCAUUUGUUGGAAAUACAUUGCUUGACAUGUAUGCAAAAUCAGGGAGCAUGAUUGACGCAAGAAAGGUGUUUGACCGUAUGGACAAUAAGGAUCCAGUUACAUGGAACACAAUGCUCACAGCAUUUGCACAAUAUGGACUGGGGAAGGAAGCAGUCUCCCAUUUUGAGGAGAUGAGGAAAUCUGGCGUUUACCUGAAUCAGAUCACCUUCCUUUGCAUUUUGACUGCCUGUAGCCAUGGAGGACUGGUGAAGGAGGGCAAGCGCUACUUUGAAAUGAUGAAGGAGUACGAUUUAGAACCGGAGAUUGAUCAUUAUGUUACGGUUGUUGCUCUUAUGGGCCGAGCUGGUUUCCUAAAUUAUGCUCUGGUCUUUAUAUUUAAAAUGCCCAUGGAGCCAACUGCUGCAGUUUGGGGAGCCUUGCUUGCGGCAUGCAGAAUGCAUAAGAAUGCUAAAGUAGGGCAAUUUGCAGCUGAUCAUGUCUUUGAACUUGACCCAGAUGAUAGUGGUCCACCUGUCCUGUUGUAUAACAUAUAUGCUUCCACGGGCCAAUGGGAUGCUGCAGCCAGAGUGAGGAGGAUGAUGAAGACAACUGGUGUGAAGAAGGAACCUGCAUGCAGUUGGGUUGAGAUGGAGAAUUCUGUGCACAUGUUUGUGGCAAAUGAUGAUACCCAUCCACGAGCGGAAGAGAUAUAUAAGAUGUGGGGUGAGAUAAGCAAGAAGAUUAGGAAAGAAGGAUAUGUUCCUGAUAUGGAUUAUGUGCUUCUGCGUGUAGAUGACCAAGAGAGGGAGGCAAACCUACAGUACCACAGCGAGAAGCUCGCGCUUGCAUUUGCGCUGAUCGAAAUGCCUGCAGGGGCAACAAUUCGCAUCAUGAAGAAUAUUAGGAUAUGUGGGGAUUGCCACUCUGCUUUCAAAUACAUCUCCAAAGUUUUUGGAAGGGAGAUUGUUGUGAGGGACACAAAUAGAUUUCAUCAUUUCAGUAGUGGAUCUUGUUCCUGUGGAGAUUACUGGUGAUUCUGCCAAGAUGUAGUGCGUUUAUGAAUCUACAAGGCCGUGGGUUGAUUCAGUAACAGCCAACAGGAACCUUUUUAUGGACUGAUAAAGGGCAAACUAUUUCUGCUUGAUUGUCUCUGUUGACAGAGCAAACCGCAAGCAUGCUGCGGCCCUGAAGAUCAUUUGGCAUCCUUCAUGAGGGAUGGACUCCAGAAGACAUGUGCUUUCAUCCUUAUAACGCAAUCACUAAAAUUUCGCAGGUUGCUAAAACAGCAUCAUUGUCUGCAUGAUUCCUGGGACAAAAGUAGACCUCCAUUUGGAGGCACGAUCUCCGACUGGAAACACACUUCAGAUGGCUUUAUUUUCCAGGUAAACAUUCCCAACAACCUAUCUUGCUCAUACGUGCAAAUGAAUGAUAGUCUGCCGAUUUCCGGAACCUAAUUUCCGCACCUGAUAAAUUCCAGAGAGAGAACAAUUUAGAUA